GUACUCUACUCCUUUCGAACAAUGAGAUCGCAAACGCCAAGGGGUUCAAUGCGUUGAUCUUGUGCCUUGUGCCUUGUAUCCUGUGUCUUCUGUCUUCUCUCAGGGAAAACCUCCCUGCGGUAGUGCAACAUGACGGUUGUGGCGUCUCAGCAGCUCCCGGUCUUGCUCCGGGUGCGUUCAAGCACUAUUUUCAUUGUUACCGCUGUUGCUAUUGCGGUUUUUACGGACACCUUUCUCUAUGGUCUCUUGAUUCCUGUCUUUCCCUCGGCCCUCCAGGAAAGAUGCUCUGUGCCCGAAUCGAAAGUGCAAAUGUACACGUCCUAUCUAGUAGGACUAACUGGUGCCGGUAAUCUCAUUGGAGCUUUCUUUUUUGGCUGGCUCGCAGAUCACACCAGCAACAGACGGUUCUCUCUCUUGCUAAGCCUUUCGGUCUUGACCGUGGCCACAGUUCUCAUAUGGAUUGCGCAUAACGUUGCUAUACUAUAUGCAGGCCGAUUCCUGCAAGGACUAGCCUCGGCUGCAGUAUGGAGUGUAGGCCUUGCACUUCUCGUUGACACUGUAGGGAAAAGGGAGAUACCUGUCGUCAUGGGCUAUGUCAACGUAGCCUUCAGCGCCGGCACAGUCACAGGGCCCUUCGUUGGAGGUAUUGUGUAUUCCCUCGCAGGAUAUGAUGCGACCUUGGGACUCGCUGUCGGCCUUCUUGGUUUGGACAUAAUCCUACGGCUUUUGAUCGUCGAGAAACGCGACCUACAACAAAUCCUAGAAUCUUCCGCGGUUGAUGAAGCGAACGAGGACGUCGUGCAGCCUUUGCUAGGGACACCCACUGCAUCUACGAACAAUAGACAUGCGCAGACAUCGUAUUCUUCCCCGCUGCCUGCCACGCAGGAGAAUCAGGAGGAUGAGGGAACUGAGGUUGAGGUUGCGUAUAAGACACUGAUAAACUCGAAACGUCUGGUCGUACUCUUGGUUUGCGCGAUAGUUCAAGCAAUAACAAUGAGCUCGUUUGAGGUCACCCUGCCGCUACAUCUUCGUGAUAUCUUCAACUAUGAUCCGAAGGGAGCAGGUCUGGCAUUUAUACCUCUAAUGGUCCCGGCUUUCUUCUCCCCCGCGAUAGGGUACGUCUGCGAUCGUGUUGGCAAUAAGAUUGUUGCAUUUUUGGGGUAUAUUCUCUGCGCCGUGGCACUCGUUCUCCUGCGGCUGCCUACACACAAAGAUACCCUGAACGAAGUUGGAAUGUUCGGUGACCUUUUGAUGAUCGGCACCGCCAUGUGCAUGACUAUGACGCCGGUCUUGACGGAGAUCUUUGUUGCAGUGGAAGAUUUGGAAGAGCAAAAGCCGGGACGCUUUGGACCUUAUGGAGCUUAUGCGCAGGCGUAUGGCCUCUUCGAGUUUGUCUAUUCAGCCGGUAUUCUCGGUGGUCCAAUCAUGGCCGGAUGGUUGAGGACCAGCUUCUCAUGGAAUGCGCUAACGCUUGUCCUUGGUACGCACUUUUCCUUAAUUGACCGUUAUCUACAGUAAAGUUAUCUUUCUAACCUAGGACUCCGUUCGUUAUAGGAAUUCUGAGUUUUGCUACCAGCUUCCUAAUGAUACCCACGAAAUGGUCUGCCAUCGAUGAUCAUGAUGAGGAAGAAACCAGAUAAACGUCAUCGGUUGAUGGGAUAACACCUCCCGAAAAGACGACCUGAAACCACGGAAGUUUUUGCUUUAAAAGAAUCAGUGUACUGUACUAUAAGAGGUAACCGGAGGCACUCGCGCCUACUUAUGGGACUAUAGAUGCGAUAGAAAAAAGUUUACGUUGUUUAUAGAAUACAAUAAUCCUUAAUGAAACCCUUGUGGUCAACAGGC